CAAGGUGUUGAAUGCGGCGGGCAGAUUCGAGGUAUUCACUGGCUGCGAGUUGUGUGCGUUUAUAUUACAAUAUAUCAUAUCCUAAAAGGACAACAAGGAACAUACACAACUAUAUCUGGUCUUCGUAUCGUUUACGUGAAUGUCAGUCCAGAUAUUGAGGCGGACUCGGACACCUGGAUUACUGAGUUUCCGACAUUAGAUGCAGACCCUUCAUUUAAUGGCGUCGACUUGUUACUAACGUGUCAAUGGCCCAAAUUCGUUGUUCCUUCAGAUGACCCUAUUUCAACGAAGGUAGAUGAUAAGGCUUCAGUGUGCGUCGCCCAUAUUGCCAAGUCUGUAAAGCCACGAUAUCAUUUCGCUGCAACAAAUGGAAUAUUUUAUGAACGAAAGCCAUAUAGCAAUUGGUGUUUAUACCGAUUAAGAGCAGUUGUUACAUGCAGUAUCGGCCACUCGUCGGCUAUUCUUCUUAAUUGA